UAACGACCAAGCAGUUUUAUCUUCUCUGAACAUCACUGGCUUAGGAUAUGGAUUCCCAAUUACUGCGCACCCACGCACAUAGACAUGAGCAGGAUCCCGACAAUGUUGGCUUGCACUCUGUUGCAGAGGAUGAUCAUGAGCAUCACCAUGAAAAGAAAUCUGUUCUGAAGAAGGUGAAGGCUAAGGCAAAGAAAAUAAAGGACACAUUCAAACUACAUGGCCACAACCAUGAUCAUGAUCAUGCAGAUCAUGUUCCCGAUGAUCAAGAUUUGGACGAGGAGGUUGAAGAGGAUGACGAAAGAUUUGAAGAUUCAGAAGUUCACGGUGCUCCUAUAUAUGAAUCCACUGCUCUCAGGUUUACUGCCAUACCUGGACAAGUCCAGAGUUCAGGUCAAUCUCCAGGAAUUGACUUUGAAAGGUCAAAAGUCGAUAUCGGAAAGUCUACAGUCCAGGUUGAGGAAAUUCCCGAAGCCCCACGAAAAACACUUAUAUCUGAUCCAGGGAAGCCAAGAGUCAACUUGGGAGACUUUGAGGAGGACCCACAUGGACAAAAUAUUGUAUCAGAUUCGUAUAAUCCUUCAAACUAUCAAACCAAAGUCACCGACCCGACAAGGACCGGAGGUGAAGAAGCGGGGAUUACACCGAUUCUUCAUUAUUUUGACAAGAUGAAUAUCUCUCAAGGAGCAGAACAAAAACGUGAAACAGAGCAAAAACAGAGGAAACCUAUUGAACCUGAGAAUCAAUUCCCGAACUUACCUACUGGUAGCCAUGACCUGUUCAAUCCGCAGCCGGGUCCGCCGAUAUCUUUAAAGACUAAAUAUGAACCCCCUUUAAUCCCACAAGGCACUAACUUAGCGGCCUCACAAGAUAACCCACAUGAUGCGACGGCAGAGAAACCAUCAAGCCAGAGUAGCUACACAGAGAAAAUCUCCUCUGUUACCACUUCAAUUGCAGAUAAAGCCCUUACUGCCAAAAAUGCUGUAGCUUCUAAGCUUGGCUAUGGUGAAAAGGAUGGAACAACAAGGGCACACGAUACACGCGAAGGAGAAGAAACAGCAAAGCCAGUAUCAGCGGUGGAAUAUGAGAAGCUGGCGGAGACAGGAAACACAGUGAUGCCAAAAAUGAAAGUCUCCCAAAGCACGAACGGAAAUGAAGAUGAAUCAAAGAGUGAGAUUAAAGGGCAGGACAAGGGGGUGUCAAUGAAAGACUAUUUUGCAGAGAAGUUGAGGCCUGGAGAGGAAGAUAGGGCGCUGUCCGCGGUCAUAUCUGAUGCAUUGCGAAAGCAAAAGAAAGAGACGAAGCCAAUGGGGAAGGUGACUGAGUCGGAGGAGGUGGCGAGGCGGUUGGGCACGACGGAUGACAAGUCUCAGGAUUCGGGCUCUGUAAAUGGUCCUGGGAAGGGUGUGGUGGAUAAGGUGAGAGGUGCUGUUAGUUCAUGGUUUAACAAAGGUGAUGAGUCGCAGCCAACACAGCAAUCACUUGGUUCUUCACAUGGUGAGUAACUCGGCUUCUUAUUGGUAAGAAAUUGAGUUCAUAUUUGGUGAAAUAGUAUUUUGAAGGUUUUGUUGCUUCUCUGAAAUUUGUGAUCGCAUAAAGUGUGUGUGAAUGAGAUCUGCCAUGUAUCGAACAGAGGCUCUGGUCUUGGAGUUUAUUUUGUAAUGCAGUUGUAAAUGGAUUUCAUGUUCGUCGCUGCUCUA